GGCAUCACCUCCACUUCUGUGGGCACCAGCUGCGGCUUCCGCGCGAUGAGUGGCACCUCCCAGAGCUGUGGCCUGGCGGCGGGCGCUGCUGCACUGGUACGCGAAUAUCUCACAGACUGGGGAGAUCGGUCUGAAGCGCGCCUCAGUGAGACGUGGGCCUCCACGAUCAAGGCCAUGCUGGUGACGGCCGCAGAACUGGACCCGAGAUCGAUCUCCUCCUCUUCAUCGGUGCGUUUGCCAGAUGUGGGAUUUGGGCUUCCCACCUUGCACUCAUUGCUUCCGAUCCCAGCAGGGCCUGGCCUGGUGGUGAUUCAAUCUUGGGCGGGCAGUGAUCAAGCCCAACGCUUUUGCUUGGAGAUGAGACCGGGUGUUGGCGCAGGCUCUUUGGCCAUCACCCUGGCCUGGACAGAUCCUCCCUCCGAUGACGGUCGUUUGGUUCACGACUUGGAUCUGAAGGUCACCUGCGAUGUGUCGAGCUGGGCGGACAGAUGGGGCAACGGUGCAGCUAGCCCUGACACAACCAACAACAUAGAGAAGGUCUCAUUGGUGGGCUACGACAGCUUUACUUCUGGGCUUUGCAUGGCCACAGUCCUUGCGAAUUCAGUGCCCGCGCGGACGCCCCAGCCAUUUUCACUAGUUGCUUCCGGACCGUUUGCUUUGUCCGAGUGCGCAGCAGUGGUGCGCGCACCCAGCUGUGUGCAUGGAACGGCUGAAAAACAGUCGUCAAAAUGGACUUGCCGCUGCUUUCCGCCGUAUCUUGGACCUUUCUGUGACCAGGAGGCCACGGCACUCUCUGGAGACGGUGUGAGUGCAGAACUGCGAGCACGACAAUGGUCCUUCUUCACGAGUUCGGUGAGCUGCCCCGGGAGCUACGAGUUAGUCAUUCAGCAAUCAGGGAGCUCGUUCCUCACCUUAAAGAGUGCCUUGUCAUGGGGUCACCUCCACAGCGUCCUGGAAAAGGAGCCUCUUUCUACACCCGGCGGCGCGAGCGGUGUGUCCUUCAGCACGGUGGAGAAUCAGGCCUCAGGGCUUAUGACUGUCCUGGUUCAAGUGGAGGAAAGUGCGCUGAGCAGUGCACGGUCGGUGUUCCUGGGCCUUGCGCCUGAAGAUCGAAGUGGGAGGAGCAGUGCUUUAAUACGCUGGUUGCCAGCACAGGGGACGACGUGCGGCGAUAGCACGCCUGGCAUUGAGGGAGCAGAUUCUGGGCAGAUUGUGCUCAUAAUUUGCAUGGUAGUCUUGCUAGUGGCUGGUGUGAUUGCAGCCGCGGUAAUGAUUAAAUUCUAUUGUGGCAGUUCGAAGGUCUGGCCACAGGACACUGGAGAUGUGGAGAAAGCAGAAGACCACCACAUCUCCACACAACAGUGGCAGCUCCAGUCCUAAGGAUUUGGCAGUGUGCCCGGCGAAAAUGGGUGUCAAGAGCGCAUUGAGGUUGGCAGGUUAACGAAUCAUUCUCACCGGCGAAUCCUCGCCCAGUCACGACCCAGCAUGCACCGACCCUACUUUCGUCUCCUGCUUUCGUGACAAUGCUCUGUACCGACCCCGAACUCCAACUACUGAAGAGGAGAGUGGAUCUUCGAACGACUCCGGAUCAGG